ACAGUAUGACUUUCUUCGACGAAUGGUAGAUUUAAUGGACAAAUCUGUCAAAAUGUGAUCGAUGCCGCCAAAAAGAGACACCAAGAGAGGACAAACACAAAAGCAAGAACACUCUCCCAUCCUUAGGAACGGUCCUUGCAACCCUGCCUUUGUUCCAUGAAACAAUAAAUAGACGACUCGACUGCUUAUCUCUUCCGCUCUGGAAAGCAGCUCUGCUUGAUCAUCAUCCAGAUUCGAUUCCAUUCGAUUCAUUCAACCAAGAGACAGACGACAAUCGACCAUGGCGACGGGACUACAAGACUUUGCGGAAGAUCCGAGUCUCCCCUGGGGAGCCGCUCUGAUGCCAGACUGGUGGGGUGAAGUGACGCCCCAUCAUGUCUUGGAUUUCGAUGCGGUGGAGAUGGAGUAUCGUCGGGAAAAGGCUCGCAUUGCCGCCCUGGAGGAUCGUUUUGGAGCCCUAAGUCCAGAACACGGGAGUGAAGGAGGCGGAUCCUUGUCGGGUGAAGGGCCGUAUGCGUUACCAGGAUUCCAAGCCAGUGAUGGCAUUGUGGAUGCUAGUUUUUGUACGGGUGAAACGGGCCAACCUCGAUGGCAUAUAACUUCGGAAGGCUACUUUUACGUGAUUGAUGAACCAGAUGUGCGCUAUACAGCCGCCCAAAUGGUCGAAUCGGGAUAUCUACCACCGGAAAUGGAAGAUCAGUUUGAGCCGGGGUGGGAUCGAGCUCGGGCUUUGAGCAGUCCCGUCGACAACCGCAUGUACGCUCGAUCGGAACGGAAUGCCUGGGAAAAACCAAACUGGGCCAAGAAAAAAUUACGCCAUACAGAGUCGGGUACGGCGAUUCGACAUGGUCCUUUUGACUUGGAGGGUCAUGGCGCCAUCAAACGACGAUCUACAGCGAGUGAAGAAGAACAACGACAGGCAGCAACAUCAUCCACUGCGUCGCCGACAGAAGUAGAUCCGUCUAUUUUGGCACCUUCCGAAGAAAAGACAUCCAAUGCCUGGGAAAGGAAAGGAGGUGAUGAUAUACCGGAAUGGAAACGGCAUCGAGAUGCAAUGCUGAAGAACAAAGAAUUACACGAAGGCGCUCAAGGUGAGGAAGCGGCGCCUUCAUCACCGCCGAAAGUCAAUAGGGAAUUGGAAGUACCCAAGCAAGAACCAGAGAAAAAAGAUGUGCCAGAAAGUCCAACAACCAACAAGCCUGCGUGGAAUAGACAAUCCACAGCUACCACUGCUUCGGCUCCGGAACAUCCCCCGCCAAGAUCACCAGUUCCUGCCUGGAAGAGGAAAUCUGAAAUGAUCAAUUCUUCUGCGGUUCCAGCCUGGCAAAAAUCUCCUGUGGUCACGAAGGGCAAGAUACCUUGGAACAAGAAGCAACAUUCGGAAGACAAGAAACCCGACGACACGGCAACAUCACCUGUAUCUGCCUGGAAAGAGAAGUCAGUAACCGAAGAAUCGACUUCCGCCAAGGUGCCACCUUGGCAACAAAAGAAACAAGAGUCAUCGUCUACAUCCGUUCCACCGUGGAAGAAAUCACCGGCACCCGUCAAGAAUGAAACAGUCCAGCGACCAGCACCUGUUGUUCCUGCCUGGAAAAAGAAGGCAGAAGAGAAAGAAAAGGAGGAAACCAAGCCAGUGGUAGUGGUAGCAACUGCUCCUGCACCUCCUCCGAAACCCCCAACACCUCCUCCAAAACCACCAACGCCUCCUCCAAAACCACCGACACCUCCUCCAAAGCCGCCAACGCCUCCUCCGAAAACACCAACGCCUCCUCCAGAGACAUCGGAAGAGGAAUCGGAAGAGGAAUCGUCUUCAGAAGAAGAGCCACCUAAACCGGAUCCAGAGGCGCAGAAGCUCGUCAGCCAAGGGUUGGUUUUGAAACUCAUUGGGCUGCCGGAUGAUUCUGCCCGGGCCAAGGAAUUGAGAAAUACCAUCUAUCCAUCCACGGACAAGGACAAACUAUUGGUCAAACCCGACGAGCUACUAUUGGCCAUUGCUCAUCAUGCUCAGAGCUGGAAGGGACAACCAGACAGCAAGGAAAAGAUUGGCAGCUUGCGGCAAGUGGCUAUUAUUGCACGAUUGGUCAUUAUGAAACUGUAUGGAUCCAAGAGUCCAGAGUUGAAACAAUUUGAGGAUGGGUUGCGGCCCGCGUUUGCAUAAGGAAGCCACAAAAGUCACCAGGGAGAAUUUCACUAUUGUUUGGUUGUGGUGGAUGUAAGAGAAUUAGUGCCAUGCUGUAGAUGCCUUGCGUUGACAGAACAACAGAGCCUACUGGUGCAUUUUAGCCUGCUGAACUACUCCA